AUGACGACUCUUGACUAUUCUGAUAUUCCCCUCGGGCUAAAUGAGAUCCGUCUGGUCUCACUAGAAAGCUCAGCCGAAGGCGUCGCUCAGGCCAAAUGGAAAAUCCGGGUUGCGAACUUGGCUGAUGAGGCGACCAGCUACUACGCCGUCUCGUAUAGAUGGGGAGCACCUCUCCUCGAGGGCCGAUUCAAAACCAUGACCAACGACCCCAUCACGUCAAUUCAGUUCAACGACAGCGUUGUGAAGGUUACCGAGAAUCUCUCGGACUUCUUGGAUCAAGUUAAAUCUGAUGAAAAGUUGAAAGAGAAUGAGUUUUGGAUUGAUGCUGUAUGUAUCAAUCAAAGCGAUCCCAAGGAGCGAAGCCACCAAGUCAGCACCAUGAUGGCCCGAAUCUACCGGUCUGCGGCGUGCGUGAUUGCAUGGCUUGGAGACGCAGACUUGCACACGGAGCGAGCUUUUGGCCACUUGAGUAAACUCGCUGAAUCCACAAUGCUGCCACCACUAAGCGCCUCGGUGGACUUUGGCAGUGACCAGUCCUCCUGGAAAUCAACUGCCAAGCUUUUCGAGCGGACGUAUUGGAACAGAUCUUGGAUCAUCCAAGAGCUCGUGCUGCCAGAGAAAGUCACUGUGCGCUGCGGGAAAUAUUCGACAGACUGGAGCGUUCUGUCCAAAGCAUCUCACAUUAUCUCUACAGGUGCUUGGAGAGAAUUCUUCUACAACCAAGCUACGGGGAUGGAAUCACUUGGGUCAGAUACGAAGACAGUUCGCAUACCGCAACGUAAUUAUGGCAUUCCCACCAUUCUCAAGGCAACGAAGAAAUCGAUGGCAACAGAACACUGGACAAAUGUUCUCUUGUACACGCUUAUUAGGUCCCGGGAUUUUGAGGCAACCAAUUGGGAGGAUAAAGUGUAUGCUCUUAUGGGACUCAUCGAAGAUUCCGUCGACGUUGGGAAAAUGCCCCUUUUGCGUCCCGAGUUUGGGGUGGAUUGCAGCGCGGCACGGACGUAUCUCAAAACCGCGAUUCAACUUCUCCGCGACUGCGAGGAACUUCUUAUACUCUCUUGCGUUGAAGGAAGAUCCUUCCAAAAGGUAAAGAUCAACGCCGAUACUCUCCCAUCCUGGGUGCCCGACUGGAGUGAGCCUUCACCUCUCGGUCUUAGAGUCACUGGGUACAAGAGAUAUUCUGCAGACGCGUGA